CGGACGAGGAUCGACGACCGCUGCCUUGUCAGAACCCACCGCGACCGACCCCAGAUUCCCAUUUCUCCACCUCGCAGCUCCACUCUCCAUACACAUUUUCUCCUUCCUGUGCCAUUACCAGGUGUUGCUGCAUUUCUUGGGGUCUCCAACUAGGGUGAUAUAGGUUACAAGCGAGGAUAAAUUUGCCUUCCUCAUGUCGUGGUCGCGGCUGUUCCUCGGAGGUGGUCUCCAAAGAAUAGAAAUAAGAGCUAGGACUCCCCUCGGCCACCUUUGGGGGAAAGAGUGGUCUGCUCUUACUGUCAGUAUUGGAAACUAACAUUGUGCUCAUUAUGGCGACUACCAAGAUAUUCAAGCCCGCCACCCAUGAGGUCGGCGCCUCCGACCCCAUCCUCACCCGUAUCGCCGAGGAAGACAAAGUGCCCUGGUAUCGCAAACGGAACCUGCGAUAUCUCUACUUCAUGCUCUUCCCAACAUGUAUGGGCAUUGAGUUGACUUCUGGAUUUGACUCGCAAAUGAUCAAUGCCCUACAGAUUGUCCCGUCUUGGAUUGAAUACUUUGGUGACCCUGAGGGCUCUCUGAAAGGCAUCAUUGCCGCGGCUUAUUCGCUUGGUGCCAUCUGCUCUCUACCUUUCAUUCCGAUUGUCAACGAGAAACUGGGACGAAGAGGAUCCAUCUUCCUUGGUUCGCUCAUCAUGGUCGUCGGCGCCCUCAUCCAAGGGUUUGCGCGAAAUGUUGGCAUGUACAUCGCUGCCCGUCUGAUUCUGGGUUUUGGGAUACCGACUUGCAUUGUCUCUGGCUCUGCCCUGAUUGGUGAACUCGGGUAUCCCAAGGAACGACCCGUUUUGACGUCUUUGUUCAAUGUAUCCUAUUUCAUAGGUCAAAUCGCUGCCGCUGGCAUCACUUUCGGGACAAACAGCAUCGCAAGCAAUUGGGCCUGGCGAAUCCCUUCUCUUCUGCAAAUGGCUCCGUCGUUGUUACAAAUCUGCUGCGUCUAUUUUUUGCCAGAGAGCCCACGUUGGUUGAUCACCAAGGACCGCUCUGAAGAGGCGUACGACAUCCUGGUAAAAUAUCAUGCCGAAGGUGACCGGGAUUCUGAAUUCGUGCGCGCUGAAAUGGCUCAAAUGCAGACCACCAUCCGCCUGGAGCUGGAAGCAUCGAGGAAAUCUUGGUUGUCCGUCGUCCAUUCUCCAGGUAUGCGCCGACGCGUCUUCAUCUCCUCUUUCCUCGGGCUAUUCACCCAAUGGUCGGGCAACACAUUAAUCUCAUAUUACCUCGGCGACCUGCUGGCCAUGAUCGGCCACACGGACAGCAUCUUCAAACAGAAAAUCAACCUUGGCAACUCGUGUUGGUCCCUCGUCUGUGCGUUCACCGCCGCAAUGCUAGUGACCCGCUUCAAGCGCCGGACCAUGUAUCUUACCUGCACGUGCAGCUUACUCGUCGUCUACAUUUGCUGGACUGUGACGAUGCAGCAAUCAAUAUCGGCUGUCGAGGCCGGUCGGACCAACGCAGCCGCAGGCACUGCGACAAUCUUCUUCAUCUUCCUCUAUGCGCCUUGCUACAACAUCGGCUACAACGCCCUGACGUACACCUACCUCGUGGAGCUCUGGCCGUAUGCGGAACGAUCUCGCGGAAUCUCCGUGUUCCAACUGUUCGGCAGACUGGCCGGGUUCUUCACCACGUUUGUGAACCCCAUUGGCCUACAGAACAUCAGCUGGAAAUGGCUGAUUACGUACUGUUGCUGGCUGGCCUUUGAGAUCUGUUUCGUGUGGUUCUUCUUCCCCGAGACGGCAGGGAGGACGCUGGAGGAGCUGGCCUUUUUGUUCGAGGACAAGGCUCUCGCCGACCAAGCCGUCGUGGCUGUCGAGAAGGUCGUGCACCACGAAGACAUGGACCCGGUGGCUAUGGACGUGAAGAGCGCCGAGAUCGGGCACGCCGAGAUCGUGGAGGCAGUUGGCGAGAAGCCGAGCAAGGUGUAGUGGCCAGUGCACUCGCAAGUCGGUCCUCCCUUACUCUGGCUGUUGCAGCGAGGGACCGUCCUCAUUGGGAAGAUAAGAAUGGACGUCAAGGUGCGGGACAAAGCAAGGGAACAAAAGCCGAAAUGCUUGAGGAAUGAUGCGGUUGGGAAGUUCAUACGCAUAUGUGUGCGCGAGAACAGACUGGGGACAGAAUUGCGGUUAUGCAGAAGCGGUGGGAAUGAGCAGAGACGAAGAGAGAUACGGAUACUCACUCGUCGCACUGUCUCGACGUACUGCAGCAUCUGUUCUGGAUGUAGUUCGCAAUAUACCAAGUGUAU